AUCAAACCUUCCUCUUCUAGGGAGCGAUCAAGUUAGAUCCAUCUUCCUUCCUGCCCUAAAUAUGAGCUGAAAGAUAGUAAAUUACAGGCAGAAAGUCCAGGCAAUAUUCUCCACUGUUACAUUUAGCGGUUGCGUUUACUUUUGUCAUCAGCAGAUAGAAAACCCAGCCUCUUUGUUCCAAAUUGUAACCUGUAACUAGCUCAAAGCUAUUUCUUUCUUCUUCUUUCCCUCUGCAGGUUGGCACACUAUUGCCAGCUCCACGAUGUGCAAACCUUGGCUAUGCUGUGCAGCGUCUUUGAGACCCAAUCCAGACCACAGGGAAUCCCAAACCCCACAGGUCUGGCUCCUCAGCACCCUUCCAGCCACAGUCGAUACCCCAGCUUUACCUCCUCUGGCUCUUGUUCCAGCAUGUCAGAUCCUGGACUGAGCACCAGCAGCUGGAACACAGCCAGCAAAGACAUGGAACACACGCUAGGCUGGGCCGAAUCUUCGCCUGACGACUUUCGCCUUGGGAACUUGACGUAUGCCGAUCCCCGGGACCGAGAGAGAGACCAGCAUGACAGGAACAAAAGGCUUCUGGAUCCUGCCAACACGCAGCAGUUUGACGACUUUAAAAAGUGCUACGGAGAAAUCCUGUAUCGCUGGGGCCUGCGAGAGAAACGUGCCGAGGUCCUCAAGUUUGUUUCCUGCCCCCCUGAGCCUCAUAAAGGAAUUGAGUUUGGUGUCUUCUGCAGCUACUGCCGCAGCGAAGUGCGUGGCAUUCAGUGUGCCAUCUGCAAAGGCUUUGCCUUCCAGUGCGCCAUCUGCCACGUGGCUGUGCGGGGCUCUUCCAACUUCUGCCUGACCUGCGGCCACGGAGGGCACACCAGCCACAUGAUGGAGUGGUUCCGCACCCAGGAAGUCUGUCCCACGGGCUGCGGCUGCCACUGCUUGCUGGAGAGCACUUUCUGACUGGCCGUCUUCAGCAGCUGACUUGGAUCACUCCCAGGGACCUUCCCAAGAAAAGUCCCAGAUGGCUUCUGACACGGAUGGCCACUCUGGACAGAAGUGAGGUGCGGUGGCUGGCGGUUGCGUAGCUUUUUGAGAAUGUUCUGUGCUCACCGAGCGGAAGAGAAGAGAGAACGAAAGCUGAAGAACAACUUGGUAGGAUGAAAAGGUCACAACAGAGGGGACCACCCUACCCCCCCAAAAAAACCCAUGUACUUCUGUUCAGUGAAUUUGCAACAUCAGUUGCUUCUUUGGACGGACCUCUAAGGUCUUGAUAUUGUAUGAGGAGGUCAGAAUGAACAAAUAAUUUUUACCAAGACACAGAAAAAGCCUUCAACCUUUGCUGUGUGGGAUGCUUGAAUGAAUUAGCCUGUCCUUUGGGAAGAAGGGAGUGUCCGACUGCAGCACGGACCCUGGAGAAAUUGGAGAGGCUUACCUGUCCUGUGGCCGGUGUUUACUUCCUCCCUCACCUGCCACUGUAAAAUUACCAGUUUUUUCCAAAGAGGUUGAGCUGCAGUUGCUUCCCUGGAAUUGACUCGUUUGACAAAUGUGGGAACAGGUUCUUUUAAAACAAAGAAGGCCUUGGAUUCUGAAACAGCAGGGCCAAUAUUUGGCUUUGGGUUAACGGUUUCAGGACUGAGCCCUCUGUGUUCGUGGUGCUGAAAUGCACCUGGACCUGAUUGAAACGGUGGGGUGGGGAAGCCAGAAACCAUAUAAAUUCUUUGUGGCACCAGCAAGAAUCUGGACUGGGCCCUCCCACUUUGGACUAGAUCCUUUGGUGCAUGGACUUUGGUUUGCUGAUCCUCUCUGAAGCAUAGAGACCAUGUCAGAGUUUCCUUCAAGCCAUGAAGCUGAAGAAGUGUAUUUUUGUAUAUUCACUGAAGAAUUAAGAAAGUUUUAUGAAAAAAAAAACUCACAUUCUGCAGCCUUUGAAAUUAUUGGAAAAUUUGGGGGAAGAUUUAAGCCCCUCCCUCAACAUAACUCCAAAAUUAGCUGCCUUUUGUUGCAAGUAUUUAUUUAAUUUAUUUAUGAUCUUUAUCAUUGCUGCUCCUUUCAGCAAACUGGUCCACAGGGCUCUUUCUGCAUAGUGAGAGAGACAGAAAGAGGUGAGAGGUGGCUUAUUCUGACCAACAGGUGGCAGCAAUGCCUGGAGUUGUGGACUGGCAGUAAACUUUGCACAGUGUCAAGAGA